CGGACGCCUUCAUCAAGAGGUCAAAGUACUCCAUUUGGUUAUCCAUCGCCGGCGUCGCAUUGCUCUCCAUCGCAAGACGAGAUGAUCAGUCGCUCUAACGUCUCGCGCGAUGGUCACAUGAUUGUACAAGAUGCCCCACACCCACGAGAUGAGCAUCACACCGUGAAAACGACCAAUAGUGCCCAGCAGGCCAAGGCCCCCGCGCUGCCACGCAAGGUCCUCACCCUCCAGGAGCUUGUCGAGGUCAUAGACAUGGAAACGCAGUUGAACGAUGGUAUUGCCUUGCACAAGAAGGACGACAUCAAGCAAGCCCUUGUCGACUUCGACGGCAACAUGGACGUCCUCCAACGAUACGCCAAGUUCGACCCGACUCGCAACUAUACGCGCAACCUAAUUUCCACCGACAACACCUCGUACGCACUCAUGCUGCUGUGUUGGAACCGAGGCAAGUACAGCCCCAUCCACGACCACCCGUCCGACGGGUGCUGGGUGCGCCAUAUCCAAGGCACGCUCAACGAAGUGCGGUACUGGAACAACGGCGAAACACUCGUUGAAACCUCCAACAUCGUCAUCACCAGCGGUGUCUCGUACAUGGACGACUCGCUGGGCCUGCACAAAAUUGGCAACCCCAGCCAAGACGUCGAUGCGAUCACUUUGCACUUGUACUCACCACCAUAUGAAAAGUGCCGACUCUGGCUCGACCCGUGUGACGCCACCAAGUCGUCCACCGCCGUGGCCAAUUUCUAUUCAGAGUACGGGGAGCGAACCCAAGGGUAAACUGCAUUCCUAGUCGUGAGAGGAGGUUGUAUAAGGUGAUUCAUGUAUUUUCCGCCCAGUUGGCAGCCAAUCACAAUCAUCGAACUUGAUGAGUGAGAAUACUUCGUAACGUUAACGUUAAGAGCAUCCUGGUACGC